GGACCGAGGGCGAGGAUGCAGCUAUUGGUCCUGAUAAGAAAUUUCCAAGGAGUAAAAGUCCCUCGCAAUUUCCGACUGUUGGAAGAACUCGAAGAAGGCCAGAAAGGAGUAGGAGAUGGCACAGUUAGCUGGGGUCUAGAAGAUGACGAAGACAUGACACUUACAAGAUGGACAGGGAUGGUAAUUGGGCCUCCAAGAACAAUUUAUGAAAACCGAAUAUACAGCCUUAAAAUAGAAUGUGGACCUAAAUAUCCAGAAGCACCCCCCUUUGUAAGAUUUGUAACAAAAAUUAAUAUGAAUGGAGUCAAUAGUUCUAAUGGAGUGGUGGACCCAAGAGCCAUAUCAGUGCUAGCAAAAUGGCAGAAUUCAUAUAGCAUCAAAGUUGUUCUGCAAGAGCUUCGGCGCUUAAUGAUGUCUAAAGAAAAUAUGAAACUUCCUCAGCCUCCUGAAGGACAGUGUUAUAGCAAUUAAUCAAAAAACCCACAGGCCCUUCCCUCCACCCCCACCCCAAUUCGAUUUAAGCAGUCUUCAUUUUCCACAGUAGUAAAUUUUCUAGUUACGUCUUGUAGACCUCAAAAUACUGGAAAGGAAGCUCCCAUUCAAAGGCAGAUUAUCUUAAGAUACUGUAAAUGAUACUAAUUUUUUGUCCAUUUGAAAUACAUAAGUUGUGCUAUAACAAAUCAUCCUGUCAAAUGUAACCACUGUCCCCAUAGUUGAACUUCUGGGAUCAAGAAAGUCUAUUUAAAUCGAUCCCCAUCAUGACUGGUGGGGCAUAUCUAACUCAACUGUGAAAAGACAGUCACACAAUCACCUUGCUGCUGAUGCCACGGCCCGGGGCUCUGCCUUCUCCCCGCCCUGCUCCUCCGCCCCUGGAGCCCUGGCCUGGGGUGGCUGGUUGAGUAGAUGUGAAGGUUUCAGGUCGCAGCCUGUGGGACUACUGCUGGGUGUGGGGGUGCUUCACCUGCACCCUGGUUUCUUUUUUAAGUCUUAAGUGACGCCCCUUUCCAAGCCAUCGACCUGCUCCACUCUUCCACUCCCACCCUUGGCCAAAGCAUAGAUUGUAACCCUCCGUCCCCCUCUGAAAUUGGCCUUCGGUGAGGAAUUCAGGGCUUUCCCCCGUCUGUCCCCCACCUUGAUCGAGGGGUGCUGCUUUUCCCUCCUCUCCUCCUCCUCCUCCUCCU